AUGGAGUGUGUUAAGAGAGCCUUGUAUAAAGAAAACCCAUUUCAAGAUUUGGUGGUUCACUCAAGAAAACACACGUCUCUCUCAUUCUUCUUCAACAAAAAUUUACAGAUCAAAUCAAUGGAGGAACCGAUCAAGAUCAUGAGAAGAUCGAUCCAUACAUUCCUCAGAAACUACCACCGCUUCACGACGGCGGCCGCCGCCUCCGCCUUCCCCUUCGCGGUGGCUCUCCUCCUCUCUCAGCCCUUCUCCUCUUCAUCCUCCGCCCUCUCCUCGCUUCGGACGAGGCUUAAUACUCUCUUUCAUGCAGCGGGUUUCCCUUCUUUCUUCGACAUCCUUAGCCUCAAACUCUCGCAAACCAUUUGUUCCUCUGUCUUCGCCCUCCCUUUCUCUCUCACCUUCCUUCUCUUUUCCAAAGCCUAUGUGAUCAGACUUCUCUCAAACGAUAAGCUUUCUUCCUCGGAUGUUUCCUUGGGUGAUUACUUGUGUCUCCUCAGGACAUAUAUCUGCAACUCGUUCCUGCUUCUGUCUGCAAACGCAUCUGCUUUCGGUCUGUUAUUCAUGGCUUUCAAUCUCCUCCAAGGCUUCGGAUUCUCCUCGCAAAUCUUCCUUGGGAUCCUCUCUGUUUCGGCUGCUGUUGUCUACUCCAUCAUUCUUGCAAACGCCCUCGUGAUCUCCAACUUGGCAUUGGUUUCGUCAUCAUCAUCAUCAUCGUCGGGUUACAUGGCGAUUCUGAAGGCGUGUGUUCUGAUACGUGGAAGGACUUCCACGGCUUUGGCUUUGGCUCUGCCUACGAAUAUCGGAUUAGCAGCCGUCGAGGCUUUGUUUCAGACAAGGAUCGUCAAGUCUUAUUUCGCCGGCGACAGAGACAUUGCCUCGCUGGUUCCUGAAGGAAUGCUCAUAGCUUACUUAUACGCCAUCUUCGUGAUUCUCGACACAGUAGUGAAUUUCCUCUUCUACCAGAGCUGCAAGACCAAUCUAGAAGAAGGGUACUCGUUUCAGAUCGAAACCUUCGAACCGGAGUUUGUGAAAUGCGUCGGAUCAAAGGGUAUUCAAGAACUCCCAUGAAUGAGGAACAAGAACAGGAGAAAGAUAGCAUAGAAUCAGACAAAAUGAUGGGAACAUAUGUAUAUUCUCAAUCUCUUAAAGAUUUGAUUAGAUGAGAAGAAAAGAAAAUUUGAAGCGGGCUCAAAGAAGAAGACAGAGAACAGUACGAGGAAAUUUCACGGGAACUCUUCUGCCAUCAUCUGCAAGACUUCCACUGUUCAUUCUGUUCUCUUUUCCCAAUUGUCUCGACGACGUGAUGAUCUUUACGAAUUUUUUUUUUUAAAUCACACGAUAUUACAAAACCAUGUAAAGUCACAUGUCACAAAGUUAUAAUCAUUAUCUUUGGAUUUACAUUUUGGUUAAA